AUGACCGACAAGGAGGCCGAGUCCAUCAGCCCCUAUGGCCCAGCCCGGUCAACAGUCAAGGGCGAGCCGCUCUCCAAAGAGGACAUCGAAAAGUACAAUGACUUCUUCAAGGCGAGCUUGUACCUGUGCCUGGGUAUGAUCUUCCUCAAGGAGAACCCCCUCCUCCGGGAGCCUCUCAAGAAGGAGCACAUGAAGUUAAGGCUGCUCGGCCACUUCGGAUCCGCUCCCGGUCAGGUCUUUACCUGGAUGCACUUCAACCGUCUUAUCAAGAAGUACGACAUUGACUCCAUUUUUAUCUCCGGCCCCGGUCACGGCGCCCCCGCUGUCCUCUCCCAGUCAUAUCUCGAGGGCGUCUACUCUGAGGUCUACCCCGACAAGUCAGAGGAUAUUGAAGGCAUGCAGAAGUUCUUCAAAUCCUUCUCCUUCCCCGGCGGCAUCGGCUCUCACGCCACGCCCGAGACUCCGGGUUCUAUCCACGAGGGCGGAGAGCUCGGCUACUCCGUCUCUCACGCCUUCGGUGCCGUAUACGACCACCCCAAUCUCAUCGCGCUGACCAUGGUCGGUGACGGAGAGGCCGAAACGGGCCCCCUGGCCACCGCGUGGCACAGCACAAAAUUCCUAAACCCCAUAGUUGACGGUGCCGUCUUGCCAGUCCUGCACUUGAACGGCUAUAAGAUCAACAAUCCCACCAUUUUGGCCAGAAUAUCCCACAAGGAGCUCGAGAACCUGUUUCUCGGCUACGGUUGGCAGCCUUACUUCGUCGAAGGUGACGAUGUCGACACCAUGCACCAGGCCAUGGCGGCCACCAUGGAGCACUGCGUCCUCGAGAUCCGUAAGUUCCAGAAGCAGGCCCGCGAUUCCGGCAAGGCCUUCCGCCCCAUCUGGCCCUUGAUUGUGCUCCGCAGCCCCAAGGGCUGGACUGGUCCCCGCAAGAUCGACGAAAACUACAUGGAAGGCUAUUGGAGAGCUCACCAGGUGCCUGUUCCCAGCGCGGCCACCAACCCCGAGCACCUUAAGGUUCUCGAGAAGUGGAUGCGCAGCUACGAGCCCGAGCGGCUCUUCAAGGACGGCCGCAUCUCGGACGAACUCAAGGCGCUUUGCCCUACCGGCAACCGCCGCAUGAGCGCAAACCCGGUCGCCAACGGUGGCCUUCUCAGGAAGCAUCUGAAGCUUCCCGACUUCAGGAACUACGCCAUCAAAGUCGACAAGGCUGGCGGCACCACCGCUGCUAGCAUGAACAACAUGGCCACCUACCUGAGGGACGUCAUUGCCCUGAAUCAGACCAGCUUCCGACUCUUCGGGCCCGACGAGACCGAGUCCAACAAGCUCGGUGCCGUCUACGAAGCCGGAAAGAAGGUCUGGAUGGGCGAGUACUUUGAGGAGGAUGCCAACGGAGGUAACCUGGCCCCUGAGGGACGCGUCAUGGAGAUGCUCUCCGAGCACACCUGCGAGGGUUGGCUCGAAGGCUACAUCCUGACCGGACGUCACGGUCUGCUCAACAGCUACGAGCCGUUCAUCCAUGUCAUCGACUCCAUGGUCAACCAGCACUGCAAGUGGAUCGAGAAGGCCCUCGAGGUCGAGUGGCGCAACAAGAUCGCCUCUCUCAAUAUCCUCCUGACGGCCGUCGUCUGGCGCCAGGACCACAACGGCUUCACGCACCAGGACCCCGGCUUCCUCGACGUCGUUGCCAACAAGAGCCCCGAGGUCGUCCGCAUCUACCUGCCGCCCGACGGGAACUGUCUGCUCUCCACCAUGGAACACUGCCUCGCUUCAUCCAACUACGUCAACGUCAUUGUCGCCGACAAGCAGGAUCACCUACAGUACUUGACCAUGGACAAGGCGAUUGAGCAUUGCACCAAGGGCAUCGGCAUCUGGCCGCAGUUCAGCACCGACCAGGGUGAGGAUCCCGACCUCGUCAUGGCCUCGUGCGGCGACAUCUCGACCCACGAGUCCCUGGCGGCCAUCGACCUGCUGCUCCAGCACUUCCCCGACCUCAAGAUCCGCUGCGUCAACUGCGUCGACCUCUUCAAGCUCAUCUCGCACGAGGACCACCCGCACGGCCUCACCGACGCCGAGUGGGUUGCUCUCUUCACCGACGACAGGCCCAUCAUCUUCAACUUCCACUCCUACCCUUGGCUGGUCCAUCGCCUCGCGUACAAGCGGCCCGGCAAUAUGAACCUCCACGUCCGCGGCUACAAGGAGAAGGGCAACAUCGACACGCCCCUCGAGCUCGCAAUCCGCAACCAGACGGACCGGUUCAGCCUCGCCAUGGACGCCAUCGACCGCAUGCCCCAGCUGCACAACCGCGGCGCCGCCGCCCGCGAGACGCUGCGCAACCAGCAGAUCGCCGCGCGCAUCGAGGCCUUUGAGACGGGCAUGGACCCUCCCUUCCUCAAGAACUGGUCCUGGUCUCACAACGGCCUGUGGAAGCAGACCGUGUCCAGAAUCACCAGCUAG